GUGAGAGAGAGAGAGUGUGAGAGAGAGAGAGUGAGAGAGAGAGAGAGAGAGAGAGAGAGAGAGAUCAUCAAAGGUUAAUGUGUGUGGUGUUUCCUUGGGUUACACAAUGUUAUCUGAUCCAUAUCUCAUUUCCAUGGUGAGAAGCCGACCCUGCACAGCUCUGCUUCAGGCACAACAAAAGGCGAUGCUGACGACCCAGAGCCAGAACUGCUACCGGGAGCAGAUCCAGAAGGAGACGUUGACACGUUUGGCCUGGAAGAGCCGCUAUGCCGACCUCUACCCGUCCUGCUGCAACCCCCCAAAAAAUGACGACGGCACAGAGCCAACACAGCCGCCCCGUCUGCCUGCUGACGACCGAGCAGUCCUGCCUCCCGUCAGCAGGACAACCGAGAAGCGGAGCGCCCUUCCUCCUGCUCUUCCUCCUCCUCCUGUGGUCUCUUUGGAAGGAGACGGCCCUCUCAAUGUGGCCUCUCUGAUGAGGCCAGUUUCUCCUCAGACCAGACUCGCUCUCUACCAGGACUCCUCGCACCACGGUAAAGGACGGAAGCUCUACCUGCAGAAACGUGGCCACGUGAGACCGGAGGAGAAGUUUGACUUUCCUCUGCUCUCGUCCUGGGAGUACGGCUGGAGGCUGGGUGACUACACGCUGGAUUACAGGACUCCAUCCCGCGCCAAGUCGUCUGUGGUGAAGAACACCUUCUACGCCAGGAACGGCGUGUUCAGCAGCCCGUCAGCCACUGACAAGCUGGGCUGAAGUUCGGCCUCCAGACACCAGGGGGCGCUCUUUAGUGAGAGUGUAGCUCAAGCAAACAGAUUUUUAUUUGUUUGUUUUAAGACCCUGAUUUUAAUCCCAAUUGUGCCACCAGCUCAAGUCAUUUGGGGGGUGUUAUAAACUAUUUCGGGAUCAAGACAAAUGGCAACUUUUGGAGGCACGAUAUAAACUCUUGGUAAUCUGUAGUUAUUUAACAGAAAUUGUAUUAAAACUCACAUUCUUUUGUUUGUUUUGCCAAGUCUUCUAUGUUUUUUUGUGUUUGUGUGAUUUGAUUUAAACACUAGUGUCAGACAACUCGAAGAGCAAUGAUUGGUUAGAUAUUACACAUUUUAAAGAUAUUAUACUGUAAUAUGUAUGACGGGGUUGGAGGGUCUUUGUGUGAAUGAUGAUCCUCUACUUCCUGUUUACCGUCCACAUGGCUGUGAGGUUAAGUGUCCAACCCGAUACUGUGUGAUGGAUAAUUAAUGAACACCUGGCCAGGUAUCGGUCAGAAAGAUGUUCACUUGAUACCUCGGUGUUUUUAACCAGCGAGCCACUGGAGGAAGUGUUGCACACCAAUAUAAAUAUCAGUAACGACAUUAUUCUUCAGCCAAGCAGUGUAGUUUUGUUCCUGUUGUAAGGAUGUAUUACUAAAUAAAGUGUAAACUUAUUUAAUAAUGAAAUAAGCUCAUAUUUUGGUCCCAGAUGUGUUUACACGUAAGAGUGUUUUGACUUAAAGCUACAAAACGUCUUCUCAUCACGCAAAACGUUCUGAUUUGUCAGAAACUGCUCACAAAUAUAUAGUUUAAUUAAAAAAAAUAAAAACCUCAAGAACUUAAACAGCUGAUCACUGUCGUUUUUUUGUUGGGGACUAUUUUCAGCAGCGGAUUAAUCCACAUUACGUGCUCUAGUAAGUGUUCUUACUAGAUCUAAAAAUGUCUUUAACUUACAUUAUCUCUGCUGCCCAGCAGGGGGCGACUCAGUCUUCAGUACAGCAUGAUAUUAAUUUAGUAAACUGAAAAAAUGUGUUUUUCAGUUGUACUGAGAGCUCCACCCUGUCGCGUCACUUCUGGUUGCAAAAGAACAAAAUGGCGACGGGCUGAAAUGCCGGACUCAAGACUUCAAAAUGUCCGUCCACAAACCAAUAAAUGACGUCACGGGGACUACGUCUACUUCUUAUACACGGUCUAUGGAUGAGUCACCUGAUUUCUAUUCACAAGAAAAUUGUAAAAAAAAAAAAAUCCCAAAACAGGGAUUAUAAAACACGACGUUCAUAUGUGGAUUACAGAUUGUACCUUAAAAAUGCUCUAAAAUCAGAAUAAAGCUGGUGAAUUUAUUCUACGGAAAAAACAAAUAAAGAAACACCACUGGCUGUCAGAAAGGUUGCUAACAUGGUAUGUUUUGGAAAAUCAGUAA